ACCUGCACCCAUUAUAAAACACUUCUGUGUUGUGUGCGCAAGAAUCUGGCCGGUUUUAUUUUAAAUGUUGUGAUGGCUGUAUAUUUAUGUCUUUGUGCAGUGUUGUUGCAGUUCACAGGCUCCUUGCAAGAAGUUUCAUCUGAAAGCAAUCCCUUAAAGUGCAGCAGAGGGUUCAUGUUAUGCAGCGAUGGCUCGGAGUGUGUGCCCCACAGCCAUGUGUGUGAUGGGGAGCCCGACUGCAGAGAUGAAUCCGAUGAAGAGGAUUGUGAACUACAUUGCAAUGACGAUCAAUUUCAGUGUGCCCAUGGGAAGAAGUGCAUAAAUAAGGUUGAGGAGUGUGACGGUGUACCUCAGUGCCAGGACCUGUCAGAUGAGUGGCAUUGUUCCAAAAAACCCGUGGGAUGCGUUCACCACUGCGACAACAAAAACCGCUGCUUACCCGCGACCUUGCUAUGUGACGGUGAAAGGGACUGUUUGGACGGAACGGAUGAGGAAAACUGCGAGGACCAGAAUGUGAAUGAAGACGAAGAGAACGGUUUAGCCACCGCGCCUCCUGUUAGGAUUGUGGGUUCUGAACCUAAGUGCAAUUUGGGCUCCAAAGCCUGCAAAGACAACGCAGGGUGCGUCCUCUUCAACCACGUGUGUGAUGGAGAAGAUGACUGCAAAGAUGGAUCUGAUGAGAUGGAAUGCUCAUCCACCUGUGAACAGGACCAGUUCCAGUGUGCCCAUGGUAAAAAGUGCAUCGAAAAGAACCAGGUGUGUGACGGCGUGCCUCAGUGUCAGGACCGCUCCGAUGAACAAACGUGUGCAAAGUAUGUAGAAGGCUGCGCUCAUCAGUGUGACGGUGGGAGCCGCUGCAUUCCUAAGAGCUUCCUUUGUGACGGAGAGACGGACUGUGGGGAUGGCAGCGACGAGUCAGACUGUGAACUUAAAGACUGCAGUGCAAGUGAGUUCAGGUGCUCCAGUGGUCAGUGUUUAACGGCCUCAAUGCACUGUGAUGGCCACCCUGACUGCUGGGAUCGUUCAGACGAAGAAAGAUGCAUCAAAGCGCCAGUCUGUAUAACCAAGCAACGCUGCCCUCAGAGCAAGGAGUGCUUGGUGCAGGAGUGGGUCUGCGAUGGAGAACAGGACUGCAAAGAUGGCACUGAUGAAAAGGAUUGCCCAAUAACUGCGCCAUUGACUUGUGGCGAUUAUCAGUGGUCAUGCACAUCAAAGACCGAAUGUAUCCCUAUGGCCUGGAAGUGCGACGGUACCAAAGAUUGUGAUGACGGAAGUGAUGAAACGGAGUGUGAGUUGCCGGCAUGUCUACCUCAUCAAUUCCAAUGUGGCAGUUCAGAGUGUGUGGAUCCAUUCCUGGUAUGCAAUGGAAUUAGAAACUGUGCGGACGGCUCAGACGAGGAUGGGAACUGCCAGAUCAAGUGUACAGAAGCUGAUAUCAGCCGCUGCUCCCAGAGCUGCUUCAGCACACCAAAUGGUCCGCAUUGCCACUGUGCAACGGGCUACAGACUCCUGGCUGAUGGAACCACCUGCGCUGACGUUGACGAGUGCGACGAUCCCAGUUCUGCUGUGUGCAGUCAACUGUGUAUAAAUACUCUGGGCUCCUACAAGUGUGACUGUCACCCAGGCUACAUCAUGGAGGCUGGCGAACGAAACUGCAAAAUCAAGGGUGAACCUUUACUGUUGUCGUCAGUCCAAACGGAUCUCUUUCUGUUUGGUCUGCGCAGCGGUAGCUUGGAUGUGUUGUCUUCCUCUGCCAAGAAAGCAGUCUUAUCUCUGGACUACGACUGGUACAAGCAGAGGGUGUUUUGGGUCACUCUUGACCCUGACAGCAUCAGGUGGUCCUCUCUUGAUCAGAAGACCACAGGAACCCUAAUUAGAGGUGUGCGGGCCGAUUCUUUAGCUGUGGACUGGCUUGGGAGAAAUGUGUACUGGAUUGAUGGCGUCAGUAGUCAAAUUGUUGCGAUGGAACUAGCCACUGCUGGGUCACCAGACCAGACUGUUAUCCUGGAUGAAGACCUUGAUCAGCCUCGCUCCCUGGCCUUGUUUCCAGAAAAAGGGCUGAUGUUCUGGACAGAAAUCGGCAACAUGAUCAAGAUCGAAAGAGCUGGAAUGGACGGGUCUGAGAGGAGGGCGGUGGUGAUCUCCAGCUUGGGCUGGCCAGGUGGUGUGGCAGUAGACACUCUGGCUGACAGGGUCUACUGGACCGAUGAAAGGCUCAAGGCAAUAGGGUCUGCAACGUUGGAUGGAGAUGACAUUCGGAUCCUACAGAUGAAAGAGACUGCCAACCCGUUCUCCCUGGCGGUGUUCAAUGACAUGCUUUACUGGUCUGACUCCAAGAGACGAGUGGUGCAGGCCGCCCAUAAAGUUACUGGCAAAAACAUUCGAGUUCUCUUGAAGAGACCAAGGCAACCUUUUGGCAUAAAAAUUAUCCACCAAUUGUUACAGUUGAGCACAGAAAACCCCUGCAAGAAAAAAGACUGUUCUCACUUGUGCGUUUUGGCCCCAGGGCUCAGAGCUGUGUGCAAGUGUCCUUCUGGUCUUAUACUGGCUGACGAUGCUCUGACUUGUACCAAUUUGGUUGAUGCAGCUUUUCUAUUGCUGUUGUCGCCCUCCACCGUCACAAAGAUUUACCUGCAGGCUCGACACAACGCAGCCGUGUUGAAAGGCUGGCCUGAACACACAGCCCUGCCGGUGCCGAGUGUCAAUGAAGCCGCCCUGAUGGACUACAGCUUACACGACCACGUCCUCCUCUUGGCGGACGACGGCACAACGUCACUCAGCUCCUUCAAACUGAAUAACUUGGAUUUAACUUCUCGAGGCCACCUGCUCAAGCUCCUUGGUGACACGAUCACCGCCAUGGCGUUGGACUGGGUCACCUUCGACGUCUACUGGAGUAGCAACAAGCAACCCCGCCUGCAUGUCACCUCUAGCAGAAGUGUCUACACUGCUGUGUUGAUAAAGGAGGAUAUCGGGAGAGUGGAAUCCAUAGCGCUUAAUCCGCCCAGGGGGAUUCUGUGCUUCACCAAUCAGGGUCUGCAGGACACCAGCGCCGGGGCCACGGUGGAGUGCUCCGACAUGGAUGGUGCUGCCAGAAGAGUUGUGUGGAAGGAUGCUGUCCGACCAACUUCUCUGGUCUUCUCCAGUAAUGGAGACACUGUUCUCUGGGCUGACGCUGGUCUAGACGUGAUUGGUUCUGUUCAACUUGAUGGCUCCGGGUACAAGGAAUUGAAGGUUGCUGAUGGACUGGCUGCAGUAGCUCUCAGUGAAGAUACCCUGGUCUGGAUGACUGUCAGUGAUAAGACGAGACUCUGGUACACCGAUGAGGAGCAGCAGCUGAAGAAAUUGUGGUUCGAAGUUGGUACGGAAGUGGUCAGCAUGAAGGCGUUCAGCAAACGUAGUCAGAUCGGUUCGAACCAGUGCAGAGUGAGCAACGGCCACUGCCAGCACUUGUGCUUGGCUACCCCGAGGGGUCGAACGUGCCAGUGUGCCCAUGACUACAUCAACGUGAAUGCAACCCACUGUUACCCAGAGCAGCGCUGCCCACCUGGCAGCAGGUCAUGUCUGGAUCAGCUUUCAUGCCAGUCGGCUGAAAAGUUUUGCGACGGGCACAUAGACUGCGCUGAUUACUCGGAUGAGAACUGUGUCGGUCUAAAACCAAGGUCUGGAGUCACGGUACCCGCUUUCACGGAGUCUCCAAUCUCCCCGACGGGACAACCGGUCUCUGGCUUCAACUUGACCACAAACACAAUCAAACAGCUCUUAAACUUGGACGCCCAAACAUGUGGCCAGAGACGCUGCAGUGGAAAUGGACUCUGCAAGGAGGCUGACGAGAAAGUGACAUGCGUGUGUUCAAUGGGCUACAACGGCGACUGGUGUCAGCACAAGUCCCUGCAAGGUCCCAUUGUGUACAGCACUGCUGCCGUCUGCGCGGUUAUUGUCAUCGCUGUCAUCGCAGUGGUGAUCAAGCGCAAGAAGAGUUCCAGUUCAAGAAGGGAAAGCCCAGAAGCGGUGAAGGAAACUGGUAUGAUGGACCUCGAGAGCAAAAUUGCAGCCCCUCCCAGUGUGGUGACGUCUGCAACAGACACCGUUAACGAAGCCGUGUCACCUGUGGACCAAUGACAACACAUGUUUUAAAUAAAGACUGCACCAGCCAUG